AUGGGGGGCCCCCGGAAUGGAGGCCCCAGGACGUUGCAGCAUCUGCUGCUGCGGCAGCUGCAGCAGGAGCAACGCGUCCCAUACAGAAUAAACCGGUGCAGCAGCAGCAACAGCAGAAGCAGCCGUCUCUACAGGCAGCACGCAGCAGCAGCAGCAGCAGCAGCAGCUAGUGCUGCUGCUGCUGCACUGCAGCAGAGCACACGACAGCACUUCUGCAGCUCGCCGCAGCCUGUUCGUGCUGGCCCCCCAGGAGACAGCAGCAGCAGCAGCAGCAGCAGCAGCAGCAGCAGCAGCAGCAGCAGCAGCAGCUGGAAGCAUGAAGCAGUCUCCUUUGUACCCAAGCUGCAGCACGGGGGGGGCCCCCCGAAGACCCAUCGGGGGCCCCCCAACGCGCGUCAGUUGAUGGCUGGGUUGCUGGCCCGCGGGGGGUCUCCGCUAGCCAGCAGCAGCAGCAGCAGCAGCAGCAGCAGCAACAGCAACAGCAGCAGCAGCAGCAAGGGGGUUGCUGCUGUGCUGCAGUACUCGCAGCAGCACCUGGAGGCCUUCGAUGCUGUUCAUGCUGCUACGGCCCUUCUCCUCUUAGGUCGUCUCUACAGGCAGCACGCAGCAGCAGCAGCAGCAGCAGCAGCAGCUAGUGCUGCUGCUGCUGCACUGCAGCAGAGCACACGACAGCAACAGCAGCAGCAGCAGCAGCAGCAGCAGCAGCAGCUGUUGCUGCCGCAGAACUUGCCGCCUUUCUUGCGGUGUCUGUACACCAACCCCACCUUCUUAGCCCUCCGCAGCAAACUGCUGCUGUUGCUGCCGCAUUCCUUGCCGCCUUUCUUGCGGUGUCUGUACACCAACCCCACCUUCUUAGCCCUCCGCAGCAAACUGCUGCGUCACCUCGAAGCUCUCACUGUGGCCAGCAGCAGCAGCAGCAGCAGCAGCAGCAGCAGCAGACAGCAGCAGCAGCAGCAGCAGCAGUUGCUGCUGCCCGUAGACAUCUGCAACAUUGCUUGGGGCCUCGCGACGGCGCUGGAUAGAUCAGGGGUCGCCCUAAUCACCAAUCUACCUUCGCAGCAGCAGCAGCAGCAGCAGCAGCAACAGCAGCAGCAAGAGCAGCAGCAACAGGAGCAGCAGCAGCAACAGCAGCAGCAGCAGCAGCAGCAACAGCAACAGCAGCAGCAGGAUCUGGAUCCGUUUGUUGCAGCAGCUCGUCUGAGCAGCAGCAGCAGCAGCAGCAGCAGCAGCAAAAGUUUGAGCCUCGAGGCUACGCAACUGUUCUAUGGGCUGUCGCCAAGGCUGGGGUGUACAGACACCCCGCUGCUGCUGCAGCGCAGCAGCAAACCCUAA